AAUGGAGUUUGCUGUUUGCCUGUUUGGUGUUAACUGUUAUUUUAUAAGCGUCUUUAGCAUCUAGUUGAUUGAAGAAAUGUGUAAAAUUUUAUAAAAUUCCCAGAUUCAUGACAUUUUGGUGAGCUGGUGUUGUAAUGAGUUGGUAUUCAAUCCUGUGUAUGCAAUUUCAAGCAUAUUUUUCAACGUUCUAGACUGAUCUACCCCAAGUGAGAUAUCGGUAGUAUAUUGGCGGUUUUCUGAUCUCAGGCUUGAAAAAUGGCUGGGAUCAUUUAUCCGCCGGGUUGCCGCCCAAUAAGCGACGAUUUGAACACGGACGAGCUGAUUCGUCGUUUGAAAACGCUCGCCCACACCUUGCAGGCGAUGGGCCAAGAUGACGGGGCUUACAAACAAUACAUUCCCCUGUCUCUGCUUCUGGUCGAAGAACAGUUUCUGUCCCAUCCUUCGCGAGACGUCCAGCUACUCAUAGCCUGCUGUGUGGCAGACGUUUUACGAGUGUAUGCUCCUGAAGCACCCUACAAAGAUCCACAGCAGGUCAAAACCAUUUUUCUGUUUCUUAUCACUCAGCUGUCGGGUCUAAAGGAUCCUAAAGAUGCGGCCUUCAAGAGAUAUUUUUAUUUAUUGGAAAACCUGGCUUACGUCAAAUCGUUCAAUAUGUGCUUUGAGUUGCAAGAUUGUCAGGAAAUAUUUUGCGCUCUCUUCCAUCUCAUGUUCAAAAUAGUAAAUGACGAACACUCUGGCAGAGUGAAGAGUUUCAUGUUGGACGUUCUUUGUCCCUUGAUAUCAGAAAGUGACAUGGUUAGUAAUGACUUGCUCGAUAUAAUUCUGAUAAAUAUCGUCGAGCCAAACAAGACACAGCAGAAAAAUGCUUAUUUUUUGGCCAAAGAGCUUAUCGUAAAAACAUCAGAAACUUUAGAACCAUACAUCCAAGCAUUCUUCAACCAAGUGUUGAUCCUUGGAAAAGAAGACAAAAAUCUCCAUAUUUGCGGAAAAGUAUACGAUUUAAUUUAUGAACUCAAUCAUAUUAGACCACAAAUAUUACUAGCUGUCUUGCCUCAACUCGAAUGCAAAUUGAAGAGUCCUCUUGAAAGUGACAGGUUAGCAGCCGUAGCACUUCUAGCGAAAAUGUUCAGUGAGAAAGAUUCUGAACUGGCGAGAAGACAUUCAGCCUUGUGGCGGGCAUUUUUGGGUAGAUUCAACGAUAUUUCUAUCGCCAUUAGAACAAAAUGCGUGCAGUACUCCAUGCACUUCCUCCUGAACCACCCAGACUUAAGGAAAGACAUUACUGACACCUUGAAAAUGAGACAGCACGAUUCUGAGGAAACGGUCCGUUAUCAAGUAGUAAUGGCUAUUGUGACAACGGCCAAAAAUGAUUUCCAAGUUGUCUCCGAUUCCGAAGAUCUACUGGAAUUUGUGAAAGAAAGAACUCUAGAUAAAAAGUUCAAAAUACGGAAAGAAGCAAUGUCAGGAUUGGCUCUUAUAUACAAGAAGCACCUCAGUGAUCCUGAUGUCCCUAACGCUACAAAGAAGGCAGUUACUUGGAUAAAAGAUAAGAUCCUCCAUGGUUACUAUAUGGUCGGUAUGGAAGAUAGAUUGUUAGUUGAACGAUUGUUGAAUACUUGUCUGGUACCGUACCAACUUCCAGCUGCUGAAAGAAUGAAAAAGCUCUACCAUCUACUCGGUACUGUAGAUGAACACGCAACCAAAGCAUUCAUGGAACUUCAAAAGAAUCAGCUCUGCGUUAGGAAACUGGUAUUGGAAUUUUUAGAUUUGCACAGGAAGACACAUAGUGGUCCAACUCCGGAAUUGUUGAAAGAACUAGGAGUGAAAGUGCAAGCUUUAUCCAGAUGCUUGCCAGAACCUGUCAAGGCUCACGAGUAUCUUACUAAGUUCAGCAAUCACCUCAAACGGGAUGCAGCGUUAUUGGAACAAUUCGAAAAUGUAACAAAACCGUCCGUGAGCUGCAAGGAAUGUUCAGAAGCGACCGCAGCUGUCUUGAGAAAACUAGGGCCACCAGUAAUGACGAAUUUGUAUUACAAUACCGUGAAAAUGUUAUUGGAGCGAAUAAGCUCUGUGAUGAUCGACCAUGAAGCUAUAAAACUUCUGGUGAGUUAUGUGGAAGAUUGUUUGAGGGCGGGGAAUACCAUAGAGGAAGUGGGUUUACAUCCCGCCACUGCUGGGGAUAGGGGCCUCAAGCUGUUGGUGAUGUUGAGUGUGGUGUUUCCAUCUCAUUUCAUGUACACCGAUGUACUUGAACAACUGUUGAGUCUGUUGCAAUUGGAAGAUGAAAGUAUUGCUCCAUUGGUAUUAUCUCUUUUCACCUUCCUUGGAAAAUAUAGAUGCUUAUAUGAACAAUUUCCAGAAUUGAUGGAUCAGCUGGCCCCAAUUUGCCAGGAAUUUGCCCAGACAGGAACUGCAAAACAAGCCAAAGGAGCUGUCCACUGUAUAUACAAAAAUAUGCCAGCUCUACAUGAUUCCAUAUUUCCCAAUAUAUUAGAAUUCAUAAAGAAUAACUUGUCAUCGACUUCCCCACAUUAUAGAACUGCUAUCGUUACUCUAGGACAUAUAGCAUUUAAUAUACCAGAGACAUAUAAAGUUCAGAUCAAGAAUAUUGUUUCCAGAAAGAUCGUGAAAGAGCUACUGGUGAAAGAAGCCAGAGACAUUGAGGUGGACACGAGCGACACAGACGUUUGGUGUUCGGAGGACGACCUACCCGAAGAAACCAGAUGCAAAGUGGAGGGCCUGAAAGCCAUGGCCCGGUGGCUGCUAGGGCUCAAACAGGACACGGCCUCGGCGCAAAAAACCUUCCGAAUGUUGAACGCCUUCAUCUUGCACAAGGGGGACCUGCUGCAGUCGGGCAGGUUGACCAAAGCGGAGAUGUCGUGGCUGAGGCUGGCCGCCGGUUGCGCCAUGUUGAAAGUGUGCGAACAGAAAGGCGUGGGCGAUCAGUUCACCGCCGAACAGUUCUACAAUUUGUCGCAGCUGAUGGUGGACGAGGUGAAGCAAGUACGGGAAAUAUUUUCCGUGAAGCUGCACAAAGGUUUAAACAAGGGAUUACCAAACCGAUGCCUACCCUUGGACUUCAUGGGAUACUACGCCCUGGCGGGCAGAGAGACCGAGAACCGGUUGCGAGCCACCAUCAAGAACUUCAUGAUAGCCGACAUUAACCGACGGCGAGACUACGUGAAAACCCUGACGAUGGGCGCCGGCCACAUGGACAAGGCGAUGAGCCAGCUGCCGCACAUUCUGCCCGACUACAUGCUCGUGUUCGCCGUGCCCGUUUUAGCGCACGACCCGCAGCUGAGCAAGUGGGACGACGUGCAGCAGCUGGCGAGGGCCAGGCAGUGCUUGUGGUUCGUUUUGGAGCCGCUGGUCGUCAAGAGUGAUUACUUCAGCUACGGGUUCUACAAGAAUCUCAUAGAGAAGAUGAAGAACCACAAGGAUGCUGUGAGGCCUGAUGAUAAUUCUAUCAACUAUAAACUUUGGGCCCUCUGUGACCUUGCCUCUGGACUGUUAGUUACUAAAACGGUAAACUACGAUCUGAAGGACUUUCCUAGCGAAACUCGCAUUCCCACCAUGUACUUCUGUCCACAACCAGACUUUAUCAAUACAAGAGUGUUUUUGCCGCCGGAAUUGCAGUAUCAGCCUAACACAAAGACAGGAAUAACGCUGAAUAUGCUUAGCAACGAAAAACCGAAAAAAAUCGCAAAACUGAAGAAGACUGAAGGUUGUGGUCCAUUGGGCACUGAUGUUGAGCCUUCGGAAGCGUCUGACACGAAAAUCCAACUGCCAGGUUUGGAAGAAGACAUUGACGAACCGCCCUCGAAGCGACUUCGAGAAAGGAUAACGGAGGAUGACGAAAAGUGAUUGUGUAAAUAAUGACAUGUAAAGUGCGAUCUCGAUAGCCUCAAAUCGGCUGGACCACAUGAUUGUGUGCUUUCUUUACAGUGAGUCUCACUUAUAUUGGAUGUUCAU